ACAGCUGGAAGCAAGCUCCUUGCUUUGCCCUGUCCCUUCUCCAGUCCUCAUUGUUCUAAACACUUGCACCUGACAGUGUUAAUCAUCUCCUUGUGGAUCUUCUCUCUUCCAUUGGGUUUUGUGUUCCUUCUUUGUUCUCCUACCUCUCUUCAGUAUCCUUCAAACAAAUGAAUGAACACUUAUGAACAUACUACUGCCCAAAACUGUCUAGUCCACAAGCACAUCCUUGUUAUUAAGCAGUUAUGACUUCCACGCACUGUGCUUAAGGGCUGGGAAUACAAAUACAGAUAGACAGGAAAGCCCUGCCCUCAAGGAGUGUGUACUCUAACGGGGAGAGAUUCUGUGGAGGGCUGGUGGAAGAAGCUAACUGUGCAGCCUGGAGAGGAAUGAGACAUGGUUGGCCUGGGCAAUCCUACUUAAAUGGGAGUUCUAUGAGGAGCCAUCCAGUCAGAAGGGGAAGCUUCAGGGACCCAGGUUACUUCUGAAGUGGGAGUUCCUGGACUGGAAAGAGGUUUUAGGUUGGGGCUUGGUAGAGGAAGCCCCAAAUGUAGCCUGGAGAGAAUGAGAGUGUUGGGAAUACAAAUAUUAGACUGUCCCUGCUCUCAAGAUGCUUACGUUCUAAUUGGGAAAGUUAACAAACAUGGGGACUAGGGAAGAGCAUUUGGGUCUAAGGAUUCACAGGGAUAGUGAGGUGUUGUAUAUAGGGCAGUGAGUUGACAUGUCCUUUCCAGAAGCAGUGGCACUCUUGGUUUGAAUACUGUGCCAAAGGUAGGAAGUUGAGGAAAGAGGGUACGAGGUGCCAGGCAGAUGGCAAGAUGGAAGGCUGAAUGGUAUCUGAUUACUUGUUAAUAGAUACAGUGCUCAGGUGGGCUAGGCUGCACUUAGUCACCAGUCAGGAGGACUGGGCCCAAGAGCAGAAGCAUCACAGCUCACCUAUAACUCUGAGAGUCCUCUAGGGCUGUGGCUGAGGUUCACUUCUCUACAUGUUUUCCCUUGGUGAUGACAGCAGCUCCCAUGGGUUCAGCUGUCAUUUCUCUUGCCUCCUACAAAAGGCUUUUCCUGAUUUCCCCGAGUUGUAAUCUCUCCCUGCCCCAAAUUACUUUGCAUUUAUUUUAUGUGUACUUAUCUGUGUACAUGUUGUUUCACCUCAGGAGGAUGCAGCUGACUCCCUAAUCUCAGAUCGAAGGCAGCAUGGCCUAAUGGAUAGAGCACUCACUGUACCUGGAGUCAGGUGGAUCCAAGUUCAUAUCUUGCCUUAGACAUUUGUUGUAGGACCCUUGACAAUUCACUGAACCUCUCUGUGUUCUAGUUUUCCCUAAGUUCAUCUAAGUUCUUUCCAGUUCUACAUCUAUGAUCCUAUGAAAUACAGUCCUCAUCUUUCUUACAUCCAGCCUUGUCUCACCAGUCACCUGCUAGAAAUCUCCUCCAGGAUGUCCUAUAGUCAUCUCAGCAUGUCCACUUUACAUAACAUAACUUAGUAACUUCCUCCUUAGACCUAUCCCUACUCCUCCCUUCUCUGAUUCUGGUGAGUGUUCUACUCACUAGGCCAUGCUGCCUCUCACUUUGGUGUCUGGGAGUCAGCUGCAUCCUACUGAGAGGAAACACUAUGUACUUAGAUAAGUAAGUACAAAAAACCCACCAUCCUUCUGGUUGGCCAGGUUCAAAACCUUGGGCUCAUUUUCAACACCUCGUUCUCUCAUGUCUCAUAUUCAACCAGUCACCAAGUCUUGGCAAUUCUGCCUCCAUAACAUUUCUCAGAUCUGUCCUUUACCAUACGAAGGAAGCUUCUGUGGCUCCCUCUUGCCUCUAGGACAGAGGACAACUCCUCUGUUUGGCAUUUAAAUUCCUCCACAUCAUGGCUUCAGGUUCAUUCUUCUUCCUUUAGCACUCUGCCUCCCACCAUACUGGUCCUCCUUGCCCACUCUUGCCAGCACCCACCAUUUUGGCUGUCCCCAGGAUCCUCAAGGUUCAGCUUAAAUGCUGACUCCUAUAAAAAGUGUGUAUCAGUUUCCCCCAGAUGUUAUUGGCUCUAUCCCCCAAAUUGUUGUUUUUAUUUUCCAUAUUUUUAGGAUUUAUUUGCACAUACAUGUGCAUAUAUCUAUAUACAUAUAUGUACAUAUAUAUACAUUUAUAUAUGUAUAAUUUUCCCUCAGUAGCAUAUAAAUUCCUCAAGGGCAAAGACUAUUUUCUUUUUAUCUUUGUAUUCAUGGUACCCAGCACAGUGCCUGGUACGUAGCAGGUGCUUAACGAAGGCAUAUUGAAUGAGGAAAAAGAAGAAUGAAAAAGAAAAGGGAAGGGAAGAAGGGGAACGUCAGGGGAAGGGGAAACAAGUUGUGAGACAGGAAGGAUAAGGAUGAAAGCCCGGUGGGAGACAAAGUUGGGGCUCAUGAAGGCAGGAGUAGAAUUGGGGUCAACUUUGGAGAAGAGAUUGAAUGAAAGAGAGAGUGGUGGCAUUGUGGAAGUGGGCAGGAGAAUUCCUGUUUACAUUUGAAGUUAAGGCUCUCCCAGGACCAUCCCUCUCCCAUAGAGUCCUCCUCUGCCACACCACCUCCCAGUUCUUGUCAAUUGACUGUUUUCCUCUCUAGCCCUUUAGAGCACACAAGGGCCAUGAGUGAGCUAAAGGACUGCCCACUGCAGUUCCAUGACUUCAAGUCAGUGGACCACUUGAAGGUAUGUCCCCGAUAUACAGCGGUGCUGGCCCGCUCAGAAGACGAUGGCAUUGGCAUUGAGGAGCUUGACACCCUGCAGCUGGAACUGGAGAACCUGCUUUCUUCAGCCAGCCGACGUCUUCGGGUGUUGGAGGCUGAGACCCAGAUCCUGACCGACUGGCAGGAUAAGAAAGGUGACCGGAGAUUCCUGAAGCUGGGCCGAGACCAUGAAUUGGGAGCCCCUGCAAAACAUGGCAAGCCCAAAAAGCAGAAGCUGGAAGGAAAGGCAGGUCAUGGGCCCGGUCCUGGCCCUGGCCGGCCCAAGUCCAAGAACCUCCAGCCCAAGAUCCAGGAAUAUGAGUUCACAGAUGACCCCAUCGAUGUGCCUCGGAUUCCCAAGAAUGAUGCCCCUAACAGGCGAGGGGACUGUCUGUGCUCAGGGCCAGGCUCUGCUCCCAGGUUCUGGGCUUCCGUGGAGCCGUACUGUGCCGACAUCACCAGUGAGGAAGUACGAACGCUGGAAGAGCUGCUGAAGCCCCCAGAAGAUGAGGCUGAGCAUUACAAGAUCCCACCCCUGGGGAAGCACUAUUCCCAGCGCUGGGCCCAGGAGGAUUUACUGGAAGAACAGAAGGAUGGGGCCCGGGCAGCAGCUGUAGCUGACAAGAAGAAAGGCAUUAUGGGACCGUUGACUGAACUGGACACUAAAGAUGUGGAUGCAUUGCUUAAAAAAUCAGAGGCCCAGCACGAGCAGCCUGAAGAUGGCUGUCCUUUUGGCCCCCUGACUCAGCGACUCCUACAGGCUUUGGUGGAGGAAAACAUCAUCUCCCCCAUGGAAGAUUCCCCUAUCCCGGAUGUGUCUGGCAAGGAGUCAGGUGCUGAUGGUGCCAGUACUUCUCCUCGAAAUCAGAACAAGCCAUUCAGUGUUCCCCAUACUAAAUCUCUGGAGGGACGAAUAAAGGAGGAGCUGAUAGCCCAGGGCCUGCUGGAGUCUGAGGACAGGCCUGCUGAGGACUCGGAGGACGAGGUCCUUGCUGAGCUGCGCAAGCGGCAGGCUGAAUUGAAGGCACUUAGUGCCCACAACCGAACCAAGAAGCACGAUCUUCUGAGGUUGGCCAAAGAAGAAGUGAAUCGUCAGGAGCUGAGGCAGCGAGUCCGCAUGGCAGAUAACGAGGUCAUGGAUGCCUUCCGGAAGAUCAUGGCUGCCCGGCAGAAGAAGAGGACUCCCACUAAGAAGGAGAAAGACCAGGCUUGGAAGACACUGAAGGAGCGGGAGAGCAUCCUGAAACUUCUGGACGGAUAGCCAGGCUGGGCUUCUCAGCCCCUGCCCUGCCUCUUAGCUCUUCUCUUUCUCCCAAACCCUAAUGCUUAGAAGAAUGGGAAGACCCUGGUCCCUUCCUCUGACACAAUGGGUGGGAGCUGCUCUCUUUGCUGCCUCUCUUCACCGGACGUUUUAGACAAUGCGCAGCCUGGGAGCAGGAGGGGUCAGCCGGGCCGGAGCUGGCCCCUGGCUGUGCUUGGCUUCUGAUGAAAGAUCAGUGUCUUGGGCUUGGCCUCCCUUCUCCCCUGGGCUUGGCUCUUGUCCCUUCUUCCCUCUUUUUUCUUCCAAGGACUUUUGACCCCAUGUUUUUCUGAGAUGUGAACUUUAGAGUAAACAGACUGCUCUGGUUUUUAAGAACA